AUGUAUUACUUUGACAAGACCAACGAUUUGUUGAAGCAAUACGACCUACCUACUCUACCAUCCCUGGACGACAUCAACGCUAUUUUUGGGUAUGAGUAUUGUGGAUAUUUUGUUGGAAUCUCUUCUCUGCUCUUUCUCAGUCUCACUGGCUGGUACAGUAUCGAGUGGAGGAAGAUGGCGUCAACCGAGACUCGCCGCUUUUUAACCUUUUGCCUUCGAAAGGUAAGAAGUUUUGAUUCUUGGAUCCUUAGAGGAAUAUCAUAUCUCCUUUAUACCUUCAUAAUCAGCCCCUUGACCGCUCUAUUCUGGUAUCUCGUUUCUAUCCCUGUGGGGGGGAUGUGGUGGUUCAUCGUCAAGGGAAACAAGAUUUGUCGCCGCCGAGUCCUCGUCAUCCUUGUCGUACUAGGGGGAGGUAGUCAUUGGGUCUGGGAAAGGUCUCACCCUCUCAAUGCAAUUGAGCAAUUGUCAGCUUUUGUUGAGAGGUACCGUGAUGACGACAUUGUUGCUUUUUGCAUCUUCAAGACAAGCUACUAUGUUACUUACUACUACUUCGCCUUUGCCAAGUAUUUCUUCCCCACCAAGUAUGAAUACAACAUCUGGAACGAUCCAGUGGCCUACUAUAUCCUCAUCUCGGGUACAAUUAUUAUCUUCAGCACUUACCUGAUUGGAAAGACCUUCGACUGGAUUAUGCAAAGCAAAACAACUACCCAGAAGACGGAGGCAGAUAUCUAG